AUGGAUAAUGCAAACCUGUGGACCCGCCGGACAAACUCGUCCAAGUUGUCCCUGUCUACGUCCGGAGCGGACGUGAAAGACAGUGCCCGUGUCGAACUGCCCCGCCCAUCCAAGCGAUUCGGACCCGACAGCUCGCAUGGCCGCUCGAAUCCAUUUAACGCAAUAUCCCCAUUAUCCGGCGGCGUUUCCUCCCCAUCCACCAAUGCCUCCUCCGCCUUCGGUCUGGGGUCCGGCGCAUUCGCCUCUUUCGGUGCGCCCAAAACUCCCGGUGGCUCCGAGUUGAAAACACCCGGACGGGAGGUACCAUUGGAACAUGAUGAGGCUACCCGCAAGGCCUUUGAGAACCAAUCCGUCGCUGCUCCUGGUGAGCACCCGUUGAAGUCUACGUGGAUCGUCUGGUACCGCCCCCCGACACCCAAAUACUCCGACUAUGAAAAGUCCACCGUGCCGCUCGCUUCGAUAUCUUCGGUAGAGAGCUUCUGGGCGGUGUACUCUCAUCUUAAACGGCCCUCUCUUCUUCCUACGGUUUCCGACUACCAUAUCUUCAAGAAGGGAAUUCGCCCCGUCUGGGAAGAUGAGGCGAACAAGCGGGGGAGGUAA